AUGGCAUUCAGAGGAAAAUAUUAUGCUUGGUUGGCAGAUUGUGUAGCAGGUAAGGGUUGAAUUAAGUUUUUUUUUAUUUUGUGAGUUUUUUGGGGAAAAAGAGUUUUUGUUUUUUUUUCAUUUGCAGCAAUGAAUUUGUCCAAAAAAGUUGUCUACCAUUCGGAAGUGUAUUGUAAAUGCGCAGUGUGUAAAUCGUGGGAUGGUAAAAAUGAAGGACGUUGGGGAUGUUUACGGUUAGAGUGUGGGUGUGAAAAAAAAGUGAUUUUUGUUGUGAAACAUGUACGUCCCGAUUCGAAUGAAAUGAUGUUGACCUAUGAAUGCGGUACCGAUGAAUGUGGUUUUAAAAUUGCUGCACAUGAUGCAAAUUGCAAACCAUAUUUUGCCAUUGUACAAAUAAUCGCACCGUAUUUAUUUUGGCACACGCAUGAAAAGUGUGAAUGUAACGAGUACACGAAACUUGCCGUGGAACGUGUGACAGCCGGUAAAGAUGUUAGUGAUCCAACAAAGGAACGUAGCAUACAAUUAAAGAAUGAACUUCAACCUAUUUAUUUGUGUGCUUUGCAAAAAUGCACUUAUCGUAAAUCUAUCCCUCAAAUUGUUUCACACCAUUUACGAUGUGUUUGCAAUAAACCCAUGAUCUACCUUGCAGAGAAAGAAAUUUAUUGUUGUGCCGAGCUUGACGGGGGGUGUGGUUCGUGCUUUCACGAGUUUGACACAUUAACUUAUGUGUGUACUGAGCUUGCUUGUGAGGCGUGUAUUGAUUCGCCAUGGUGUACAAUACCGAGGGUUGCAAAGACAAUUUGUGGACAAAAAGGCAUAUUAAAGUAUUGUCUUUUUGAAAAUUUUAAUUUUUACGGUGAACUACUUUAUGAAUGUAGACAUGAUAACACUUGUACAGAAGUAUUGCCGUGA